AUGGUUGACGAAGCAACACGAAAGCAGCUGUCAUCAAUUCCCCUGCUACAGACGAGGGCUGGUCCCAAAGAUGGCGAACUGUGGGUGCAGAGGUUGAAGGAAGAAUACCAAGCUCUCAUCAAAUAUGUUCAAAACAACAAAACAGCGGAUAAUGAUUGGUUUCGAUUGGAGUCGAACAAGGAAGGCACUCGUUGGUUUGGAAAGUGCUGGUACAUUCAUGAACUGCUCAAAUAUGAAUUCGACAUUGAAUUUGAUAUUCCUGUCCUCUAUCCAACCAUUGCUCCAGAAAUUGCCAUUCCUGAGUUAGAUGGCAAAACAGCUAAAAUGUACAGAGGUGGCAAAAUAUGUCUGACUGAGCACUUCAAACCACUGUGGGCUCGAAACGUUCCCAAGUUUGGAAUCGGCCAUGCCAUGGCACUUGGGCUGGGACCAUGGCUGGCGGUUGAAAUUCCAGACCUCAUCAGCAAGGGACUGGUCAAGCACAAACAGACCUAA